GCUUAAUUAGGACAGCUCUAAUGAACAUGGACAGAGAAGCAAAAGAAUAUUAUGAAGUGAUUAUCCAGGCCAAGGAUAUGGGUGGACAGCUGGGAGGAUUAGCUGGAACCACCACAGUCAACAUCACCCUCUCUGAUGUCAAUGACAACCCACCCAGAUUUCCACAGAAGCAUUAUCAGAUGAGUGUGCUGGAAUCUGCUCCCGUCAGCUCCACUGUGGGCCGCGUGGUUGCUAAAGACCUGGAUGAAGGCAUUAAUGCAGAGAUGAAAUACAGCCUUGUGGAUGGAGAUGGACUGGAUGUGUUUGAUAUUAACACUGAUCCUAAUUACCAAGUUGGCAUCAUAACUGUGAGAAAGCCUUUAAGUUUUGAGAGCAAGAAAAGCUACACCUUGAAAGUAGAGGGUGCCAACCCCCACCUGGAAAUGAGGUUCCUGAACCUGGGUCCCUUCCGUGACACCACCACUGUCCACAUCAGCGUGGAGGAUGUGGAUGAACCUCCUGUAUUUGAGCCUAGCUUCUACUUCGUGGAAGUACCUGAGGACGUGGAGAUCGGAACCACCAUACAGAUCAUUUCUGCCAAGGACCCUGAUGUGACCAACAACUCAAUCAGAUACUCAAUUGACAGGAGCAGUGAUCCGGGGCGGUUCUUUUAUGUUGACCUUACAUCAGGAGCACUGAUGACUGCAAGACCUCUCGACCGGGAGGACGUUUCUUGGCACAACAUCACUGUUCUGGCCGUGGAGCUGAACAACCCCUCUCAGGUGGGCAGUGUCUCCGUGACAGUGAAAGUGCUGGAUGUGAAUGACAAUGCGCCAGAGUUUUCAAGGUUCUAUGAGGCUUUUGUUUGUGAAAACGCCAAAGCGGGGCAGCUGAUCCAGACAGUGAGCGCCAUCGACAGAGAUGACCCACAGGAGGGUCAGCACUUCUACUACAGCCUGGCUCCGGAGGCAGCCAACAACCCCAACUUUACUCUAAGGGACAAUCAAGACAACAGUGCCAAGGUCAGCUCCACACCAGCCUUCAUAGGGAAAAGAGGGACAACCUUGAGUGACCUGGUGCAGAGUUUUGAAAGCCCAUAA